CAGCACCAUGAAUGCCUUCCGCAUCCUGGGGGAUGUCUCCCACUUGCUGGCCAUCAUCAUCCUACCUUUUUACAAGUCCAAGUCCUGUGCCGGUAUCUCUGGGAAGAGUCAGAUUCUUUUCGCCCUUGUCUUCACAACCCGCUAUCUGGACCUGUUCACCACCUUCAUCUCUGUCUAUAACACUGUGAUGAAGGUAAUUUUUUUGAUAUGUGCUUACAUCACCGUGUAUAUGAUCUACAUGAAAUUCCAGAAGACAUUCGACAGUGAGAACGACUCCUUUCGCCUUGAGUUCCUGCUGGUCCCUGUCACAGGCCUGUCAUUUCUGGAGAACUACAGCUUCACCCCCUUGGAGAUACUCUGGACCUUCUCCAUCUACCUGGAGUCCGUGGCUAUCCUUCCUCAGCUCUUCAUGAUCAGCAAGACAGGGGAAGCAGAAACCAUCACAACGCAUUACCUUUUCUUCCUGGGCCUCUACCGCGCUCUCUACAUUGCCAACUGGGUCUGGCGCUACUACACGGAGAAUUUCUAUGACCAGAUAGCUGUAGUUUCCGGGGUGGUACAAACAAUCUUCUACUGUGAUUUCUUCUAUCUCUACGUUACCAAAGGUAGGUAA